ACAUUCUUGGCUGGGAUUCAAUGACUCAACCAGACACAAACACACACACUUAAAUUCACUGGUUCAAUAGAGGGAGAGAAACACAUGAACUGUGCACAUAAGGUUUUUAAAUGAGAUACUGAAUGCUGUCCCGCUUUUUCACUGGAACAAGAUUUUGUUGUUAUAGGGUUUUUUUGUACCCGGGUUCAGUACGCGGUGGGGCUACGUAUUGCAUUAAUAUGAAGCCGUCGCUGGAAAGGGAAAAAGUAACCGACUCCGUGGCGCUUUUAGCUUCUAAAAGUGACACGAAGCUCCAGACUUGCAAUAGCCUUUUCUGAAUAUUUCCGUUAAACUUUAUGCGUUAUAUAUAUAUAUAUAUAUAUAUAUAUAUAUAGUGUGUGUAUUUUAUUUUAGCCCUUUUCUGUAUUUACAACAACAAAAAAUAUGGAGGCAGUAUCGAGCUUCCGACCUCAUGCGGGACUUCAACAAACUCUAAAGCAGUUCCAUUUGAGCUCAAUGAGCUCGCUCGGCGGUCCGGCAGCUUUUUCGGCUCGGUGGCAGCACGACCCACCAUUCGACAAGCAGAGUAAGAGGAGCGUAGGUCUCCCACUGUUGCAUAGCCCGAGGAUCCACGCACCUUCAGUCUUGCCCGGACCGCUGCUCAUCGCUCCGGAUCGCUCCACUGAACGAUGCGAGACCGCGCUGGAGCGAGAGACCAUUUCGUGUUUUGUGGUGGGCGGCGAGAAGCGCCUGUGUCUUCCGCAGAUCCUGAACAGCGUGCUGCGCGAGUUCACUCUGCAACAAAUAAACGCUGUUUGUGAUGAGCUACACAUCUAUUGUUCGCGGUGCACAGGAGAUCAACUAGAGAUCUUAAAAAUAAUGGGCAUCUUGCUCUUCUCAGCCCCAUCGUGCGGACUCAUCACGCAAACAGACGCUGAGCGACUCUGCAACUCCUUACUGCACGGUGGUGCUCUGCCUCCGCUCCUUGACAAGGCGCUCGCGUGUUCCUCCUCCGAGCUCAAGUACUCCGAUCGGGCCUUUAACGUGUACCAUGAGUGCUUUGGCAAAUGCAGGGGUCUGUGUAUGCCAGAACUGUAUACGAGUCCAUAUGCGGCAUGUAUACAGUGCCUGGACUGCAGGUUAAUAUUCCCCACACAAAAGUUUGUGGUACAUAGCCACAAGCGCUUGGAGAACAGGACGUGCCACUGGGGUUUCGACUCCUCCAACUGGAGGACCUACAUACUCUUGGAUCAGAAUUACACCGAGAAAGAGGAAAAGGCCACACUUCAGCACCUUCUCAACGAAUUAAAGGAGAAAUAUCACAUCGGAAACAAGCACAAGUGCUCGUCUUUUGGGGAGUAUAGUCCUAUUUCAAACAAGAAGUCAAAACAGGAGCUUUUGCGUUCCCAUUCUGAGGAUAAAGAAAAGCAAGUGGAAUGGUUGCAUUGUCUGGCAACAAACAAGGAUCUCAAAUGGCUUCCGAUAGAUCAGAGGCCAUCAGCUUUUCGGCCAUGGUCUUCUAGAGACCAAUCCACCAAAAGAUCAGCUCCCAGUCACAAACAUGAGCGAUCACGACCCAAUAAUCCAGAGUGUGUGGCAUUACCCCGGAAGCACAAGCAGCCAGAGCAGUUUGGUGCUGGAUGUUCCCAGCCUGGUUAUAGCCACAGGUUCAGGCUAACAAAGUGCUUGCCAUUUGGCAAGGACCAGACACAGUCUUCAGCCUGCCCCACACAUCCCCCACAGUUUACCUCCAACUUGAAUGCAGAGAUCAAUUUAGACAACUGUGAUGAGGUGCCUUUCUGUCACUCUCUUACUAAUAAAGUGGUUAUGGAACAGUAUGAGGGCAGGCACAGACCUUCAUCUGCCCCUAGUUCAAAACUUGAGGCCAUGCAGCAGAUGCUGUGCAACUCCAGUGAAGCCAGAGAGAGGUUCCUGCAGGAAAUUGUAAAUGUGCAAGUUAAGCAGAAGGAAAAUCUUAAAAUGGCUUUGCAGGUGAAGUGUACCCUUCGGCAGGAGCUGGAGGUUUUACGGACGAGUAAGAAAGGAUGUUUGCGAAGGGCAAUUGAGGCCAAACAUAAUCUACGGAAGGAGCUACAUGCAGAAUGUGAGAGAAAGGUGCUUGAUUCCAAUAAAUCAUGUAAAAGACUAAAAAGAGAGCUGGAACAUGAACGGCAGAUGCACUUGUGCAACAAUGACUGUGAACCAAACCAGCUGAGGGCCAAGUACUCUACCCAGCUUGAGAAGCUCCAGCUGAAGCUGCAGCAGGUGGAGGCUGAUUGUGAGCAACUACGGAAGGAGCUGCUUCAAGAGCAGGCGUCUCGGCAGGGUCUCGAGAAGGUGGUGCUCCAGCUCCAGCAGCAGCUCAGCCAAGGACAGCCUAGCCAAUAGCAAUCAUAGCAAGAGAUCUAAACGCAUUAUAAAAGUAUAAUUUUAUGUUAUGUACAUAAUGAGCAUGCGGGAAAAAAACUAUUUAUGAGAUUAAAAUAUCUAAAUAUACAUGUAUAUUAGCUAUACAUUUAUAGGCAGUUGUGGAGACCAUAUUAGUGGUGUGUGAACAACAUUUACAAAGCACUCACACAAAGUACUGAUCUUAACCAUAACAGUUUGCAUGCUCUUGGAUCCAGUAAGGCAGCAUCAUACAUUAUGGGGGAUACUUUUUUUUAGCUGGCUUUUUAAACAAAUCCAAAAAAUGUAUAAUUUUAUAAGGUAUAUAACAAAGAUACUUGAAUAUAUAACAAUAAUCUCACUGCCAGGGAAAAAUAUG